AUGAGUACGUCCGGCACUCAAAGCACACACCACUUGACACCGAAAAUGGCUGAAUGGGAUCUGACCACACGUUUGGGCAAAUAUCUGGACAGACAUCUCGUGUUUCCACUCCUCGAGUUCUUGUCCGUCAAAGAGAUAUACGAAGAGAAUGAGCUGCUGGAGGGCAAACUGGAACUGCUGUCGAACACGAAUAUGGUGGACUUUGCUUUGGACGUGUAUCAGCGGCUGAAUCCGGGCGUUAAGCCGCCGGAGUAUCUCUACUCGAAGCGGUCAGAAGUGGUCGGACAGCUGAAGCAGUUGCAGAUCCAGACGGAACCGAUGCUCGAGAUUCUGCUCAACCCGGAAGUGUCGGCCGAGAUUGAGAAGUCUCGCGACAGUCGCCAACUCUUUGAACUCUUGCAGACAAAAUACGAUGUAAGCGAUCGGUUCCCGACCCCUAUUGGCCUCUCCGGCCGCCCAAUGGCUUUAUAG